ACCUUCAGGAGAAGCAAAGACAAGAAAAGAUCCCUAAGAUCCCCAGCUUUCUACAGGGAUUAGGGUUUUCUACAAAUUGGCGCCUUGACUUUGUAGAAUCAAGUGGUUACUCUUUAAUCCUCCUGGGUUCUAUAAAGCCCUGAACUUCUGUUUGUAUUUAACAGGCCUUAGGUAAGACUGGGAGGGUAGCUAAGCGUUCUAAUCUACCUAGAUGAUUCCACUAAGUACAACUUGUCUAAAGACACAAGACAUUCAAAAGGCAGUGUUUCCCAAGGAGCUCCAACAACCCCCCCCCCCAACACACACACACACAUACACACUGUGUGUUGUUCUGAUAAGAGUAUUUUCAGAGAUUGUGGAGGGGUGAUAUGAAAACAGGCCAUGAGUAGACUGAGCUGGUGCCUCGACUAACACUGGCAUUUGGGGUGAUUUUGUGUCAGCCUCCAAUGGGAUUUCUCAGGUUUCACUCUCAAUACUGUGGUGCAAAAAAAUAAAAUUAAAUUAAAAAAUAAAGCUUCUACUAGACUAAAGGAAAAUGCGGACCAGUGAACGAGGUAGUAAAUCUAUUUCGUGGCACUGCUGGAGGUCACACCCAACUCUAACAAACUAUAUCACAACGAUACAUCUCAGCUGGAGCUGAUUCUCCAACAUCUCUCCUCCCGCAGCCUCACCGUACCCCACUGUGGUUCCCUCUAUACUCUGAACCGCGCCGCGCCCUCCCGGCCCCACCCAUCCCAAUAAGCAGGGUCCCGCUUCUACACCCCACUAUCACCCGCGGGGCGCCACCUACCGGGGUCCCGGCCCCGCCCAACCCCACGUGCCGCGCCCCGCCCGGGAGCUAGCGGCCCUUUAAACACCCCCACCCUUGCACACUACCCCCCCCCCCGGACGGCAGCCGAAGAGGGACAAACUCAUGGCGUACAGCCAGUCUCUUCCGCGGAGCUUGUCCCCCGUAGCCCUAGCCCGCUGGGCUCUCCGCCCGGGGCUACGGUCCCCUGGCGCCCCCCACACGCCCCCGCAGCCGGAUGCGGGAGUGUGGGCGCUGUCCGGCUCCAGGGCGGGGCGGGAGGGAACACGGACUCCGCCGCCGCCGCCUGCCUCCGCCUGCCGCUCGGGCCGCCCGCUCGCCCGCCGCUGGGUGCGCUGCACGCGGGGGGCAGCCGCGGUGCAGCAGAGGUUCAUGCAGCGGCGGCGGCGGCGGCGGCUGCUGCUGCUGCCGCCGCGGAAACAGACAAACCGGGCGCUGCCGCCGCCACCCUCCCGCAGCUCCAUGCCGCCGCCGCCGCCUCCUCCUCCUCCUCUCCGGCGAAGGGCGGGGGGCUCCGGCCCGGGGUGGGCACCACUCCUCGCAGCGCCGCUCCCCUCCCUGCCCUCCGCCGGGGCACGGGAGCCGGAGAGAGCGCCCGCCGCCUCCUAGGAGCGCACGCUCCGCGCGCCCUUGCUGGAGCGAGGAGGCGGGCGUGGGCGGGCGUCGGGGCAGCCGCGACCCAGCGCGCGGAAAGGGGAGGGGGCUUCCCCGGAGGAUGCCCCGCGGCGGCGGCUCCUCGCUCUUAGGCGCUAGCUGAGCUGGACCGGGAGCGAGCGGCGCGUCGCCAUGCCGGCGUGACGGGUGCCCGCGGCUGCCCGCGCCGGGCCCCCGCGCUGCCCCACGCCGCGCCGCGCCGGCGCCGGGCGGCAGGAUGGGCUGUAUCCAAAGCAUCACCUGCAAGGCGCGGAUCCGGCGCGAGAACAUCGUGGUGUACGAUGUGUGCGCCACCAUCGACCAGUGCCCCACGCGCAUCGAGGAGACCUCGCCCAUCGUCCUGCGCUACAAGACCCCUUACUUCAAAGCCUCGGCCCGUGUGGUCAUGCCCCCCAUCCCCCGCCACGAGACCUGGGUGGUGGGCUGGAUCCAGGCAUGCAACCAGAUGGAGUUCUUCAACACCUACAGCGACCUGGGCAUGUCAAGCUGGGAACUGCCUGACUUGAGGGAAGGGAGAGUAAAAGCCAUCAGUGACUCAGACGGGGUGAGCUACCCAUGGUACGGGAACACGACAGAGACUGUGACCCUGGUUGGCCCCACCAACAAGAUCUCCAGGUUCUCCGUCAGCAUGAAUGAUAACUUCUACCCCAGCGUGACAUGGGCAGUGCCAGUGAGUGACAGCAAUGUGCCACUGCUCACAAGGAUCAAGAGGGACCAAAGUUUUACCACAUGGCUGGUGGCCAUGAACACCACCACCAAGGAAAAGAUCAUACUGCAGACCAUCAAAUGGAGGAUGAGAGUGGACAUUGAAGUGGACCCUCUUCAGCUGUUGGGGCAGCGGGCCCGGCUAGUGGGCAGGACUCAGCAGGAGCAGCCCCGGAUCCUGAGCCGGAUGGAGCCCAUCCCCCCUAACGCACUAGUGAAGCCCAAUGCCAACGAUGCCCAGGUCCUCAUGUGGAGGCCCAAGCGGGGACCACCUCUGGUUGUGAUACCUCCUAAGUAAAAGCAGACUGCCCAACUGUGUGUGGAACACAUGCCACUGAGACCCGCAGUGGGGUGACCAGGGGUGGCAGGAGCCAAACUGAGUUUCUGAGCCAAAGCAGACCCUCUUGGUGUGCCAGCCUUUGCAGCUACUUGUGAUGAGUACAGCUGUUCCUUGGGCGGUAGAACCAUAACCCUUAGGAAAAGCCCCUUCCUCUUAGGAAUAAAGAAACCACUGAUUUGAUAGACUUGCUCUGAUUACCGUGCAAGUAGCCAUAUUUUGGAGCUGACCAGGACGAUUCUUUUAUUUGAACUAUUGACCAUUUCUUUCCUGUGAGACGCAGGGGAUGGAAAUGAAACUAAACGGUGCCUGUGGCAGAUGCUGCUUCCCAACCAAUUAGAAGCGAGAGUGAAAACAUCCACACCAGGUGUUCGUAAGACAGUCUCCUUGUGUGACUGGAGGGUGCUGGGGAAUUGGGUGAAAGAUCCUGGGUUCUGGGGAGAGAGGAAAAGAAGGUGUUACUACAGUUUAAUGACAAGUGUUAGCUGGUGGUCAGAUUGUCAACACACCCCCUGGAAUGAGAGGGACACUUAGAAAACAAAACUCUGUUGUGCCCUUUGAGGGAAAAGCUGUUUUGGAACUGUCCGAGGUGCUGACGUCAGCAGCCCCCAGUGGAGACUGGCUGCUCGCAUCCACUCACUCGCCUCUUUCCAAAGAGAUUGCUCAUUCUAAGUGUUGCUAGUUACGGUAUUGGAUAUACAGUUCCUGUUUUCUGUAGUGAUUAUGGUGUUGGGUCUCUCUUGAGUUUUUAGUCACUCAAUCUGUGACUUUGUUUACAGCCACUGAUUCUUAUCGCCAGCCCUCAAUUCACAAAGAUGUAUAAGCCUCGUGUUCAUGUAGGGUGUAGGGAAUGUCUCAACCAAUGAGAACAACAUUCUCAAUAUUGAGUUUCUGAAUUGUUCAGACACAGGAAGGGCACACAUCUGUGCACACACCCGGGUGCUCACACACCAGGAUUUAGAAAGAAUAACAACUAGUCUUGCCGAUAGUGCCUGAAUAUUCAUUCAUGGCCUUUAAGCACAAAUAGUACACACACUGUAUGCCCACAUAGGUUAACUUCAGCUAUACUUACAAAAAUUCAACGUCAACUGCUUGUCCAGUUGUAGAUAAGAAAUGUUCAGACUUCUUUAGUGAACGUCUGAGCCUUAAGCAAUCUUGGGUUGCUGAGAUCCAGCCAAUAAAGAUGAGAAGCAAUUUCCCUUUAGUCCAGCAGUGCAAAACUUUUUAAAGAGUUUCCAGUGUUUACAGUGGUAAGAUUUCCAACCCUUUCCACCUAAGUCACCAUGCCCCGCCCCACCCUCACUGAAGAGCUUCCCCUGUUAUUCUCAGCGGUGCCGAUUGUGAGGUGCAUCCUUUCUUGUUGAGAAACAACUCGUGUAAACUGACUACAGAAGUCUCACAAUGGUGUAUACUGAGUCUCCUAGUAGGACAAGGCAAGCCCACCCAGCAAGCAGAACCACAUGGCAAGACGCUGAGAAGGAGGGAUAUGAGCAUUGGCUGGUGGCUCCAGAAGCUGAUGCCCUGGACAGCUGACUCCCUAUUUAACAAGAGUGCCAUCUUGCCAGUCUCUUCACUACCCUCCUAUCCUGUGAUCAGUACCUCCUAUCCCCAACACGUGUGUCCAACCAGGCCAGCUGGUUGGCUCAUGGGGGAGCUUCAUUGAACUGGAAGUUGUGCCUGCUGCACCUUUUGUGUGUGGAAAGAUUGAGUUCACCUAGACCUCCUGCUCAUCCCCUCCCUCCACAUGAAGCCUCCCAAGGACAAGGCUGGUCAUCCUGGACUGAAGAGACCCCACACACAGCCCAGCCCUGGCUCCCAAGCCUGCCACCCAACCCCACAUUUUUGGGUGUGAGAAUAUAUAUCUCCCCUUCUCCUCUCUCUUCUCUAUGUGGAUAGCCAAUGUCAAUCAUCACCUGAGGUGUCUCUAAGGUCUUUGGAAGGCAACUAUUUGCCCUACCAUGGACAGACUUGGUGACUUCAAGAUGACCAAGAGCAGCAUUUAUAUUGCCAGGAUCAGUAAAAUGAGAGCAGAACUUCCCCAACCGGGCAAAAGUGCUGUAUGUUGUUCUAGUGUUUGUUUUAUUUAUUAGUAUACUCCCCUAUUUAUUUAUUUAUUUAUGGAACCUGUAUUUAUUAUAUAUCAGAAAAUCUUCUUCCAUCUUUCAAACAUCAGCUCCAAAUUUGUCUUGUUGGACCCCACCCCCACCCCCCACAGAGCACAGUAAACAAUUCCUCUUUGAAGCCACAAAAAAAGAGGGAAUUUCUUCUCCCUAGUCCCAAAUACUUCUACCCUAGCCAGAUUUUUCAACCCAAAAUAAGAUCAGAAUCUACCAGCUAGGUGUAAGCUGUAUAACCACGCAAACCAGCACAGGCUCCGCUGUCUGGACAGAAACAGUCUUCCAACCCUUGCUUUUACAUGGUUUUUCCUUCCACUCCUUCACAAACUCAUGCAAGACUAACCACCUGAUUUCCAGCCUGACUACUAAGACUGGGCUCCUCCUUCUGCUCUGGUGCAGAAUGUUUGACACCAGAUGCACAUUAGAAUCUAUGUUGGGCGCUUAAAGCCACCUGCCUGGUUUCCACCUCAAUGUGCCCAUAGCAGAAUCUCUGAGUGGCUGAGCAGCAGAGAUCUUCUUAGUUGCCCAGAUUACUCUAACUUGUAAAUGUAGUUGAUAAAAAAAUUUUUUUUCAACUGUCUUCUUCAUCCCCAGCCACCUCCAAGAUCCCUUCCUCCUUUAGUUCGCAAGCUUCCUCUGGACUCCCCAUUUCUCCAGUCCCCUUUCUUCAUGAAAUCUUCCCCUCGUUAAGCACCAUCAACAUGAACAGACCCCAAAGAGGUGACUGGUCCUGAGAGUCACACCAGAAGCCAAUGCCUGCACUUGCCUCUCUUAGAAGCAAAAGCUUGUUCCCUGCCCAGAUUCACCUUCCAUCUGCACUCUCCCCAUGACACAUGCCUCCCUCCAAAAGGUUAAAGAUUGAUAUGGUUAUUCCUGGUCCUGCAUCCCAAUCUUAAGGAAAAGCUCACUCCAGUCUUUAUAAGCCAAGGGUUGGCUGUUUCUGCAGAGCAACAUGAAAUACCUGAGGGUAAUUUCCUGGUAACAGGAAGGGUUAUCUUGUCCCCAAAACAGUCCCUUACCCAAUGACCUGAUAGCAACCCACUAGCAUACAGAUGAUAGAUGACUGAGACUUCUCACCCUCAUGUUGACAAGUUCUCAAACGAUGAAUAUAAGUGAAGGUGUGUGUGUGUGUGUGUGUGUGUGUGUGUGUGUGUGUGUGUGUGUACUGACAGUUUUGGCAUUUACUUGAGAACAAUCAAGAACUUGUGCUGUCUUUCACUCAGUGGAUUCAAUUCACUCCUUUCCUCAAAGACCCAAGUGAAUUCCAUAGUAGUGCUUCAUACAGAAUGGUGUAAUGUCUGAGAACUGCCGGGCAUGUUAGAGACUGUAUAUGUUGUAUUCACAAGAGAGUGCCCAAGAUAGAAAGAAUUCAUUUUCAUAUUCCACCUCCAGCAUCUACCAGGUUCCCAGAGCAAGUAGAUUUCUCCUGCAUUCAUAGCACCAUGCCUUCUUGCCCCAUUAAUCAGACUGUCCUGCACCAAGUCCCAUCUCUCAGGGUCCUGCUCUCUGAUAGGCAACAGUUCAGUCAGUGGGUGCUAAAGAGUUGAGUGUUACACUUCUUGGGUGACCUUUACCUUUUAAUUGGGGCUAUAGACAAUGCCUUAAUCUGAAGGAGUAGCUUGAAUGCUGGGAAUUUCAGGUGCAGAAGUGGGCCAGUAAGAGAGAUUAGUUUUUUUCUUAGGAGGGCAUUUUAGAGCCUCCUCUUCCCCAUACCCAUCUUUAAAGUCAGCUCAUACAUACAUGAGCACAAACAAGCACACUUACCUACAUCUACAUCCCAUAAUUUUGGAAUACCUCCCUUGCAUUGGCCCUAUCUUUAAACAUAAAAAUAAAUUAGAAAUGAACCAGCUAAAUUAAUUCAAACCUCAUUGGGAAAUGCAGCCUAUUUUUUCACCGGCCACCAGCCAUCUGGUCUACCCCACCCUGUUCCAUUUCCUUCCUGCUCCUUCUCUUUUCGGCUACUGGCCUAUCAGUUAACUUAUGUGUAAAUGUCCUUUGCUCUUCCCUUGCUUCCCCCUAAAUGUAUUUCCCCACACCCUUGGACUUGUGUUGUUUUCGGUGUUGUGAAGGACAGAAGUGGAGGCUAAGAGCAUGAGCAUGUACGUAUGUCACUGAAGACAGAGAAGCCAGGUAUUCUGCUACAGUUUGAAGAAUAACGCCACAAAGGAAGAGGUGAAAGCCGGCUCUGCAGAGUGCCUUAAAAAUGACUUUAAUUAGGAAAUUCCGAGUCGUCAGUCUUUGGAUGUUACAUAAACUCAAUGGAUGUUGCAUUUCACUUCUCUGGGAUUAAAAAAAAAAAGUUAAAUACAGUAUGUAUUCAACAAUGAUAA